UCUUAAAUGCCCUCUUUUGCUUUUUUUUUUCUCUAUAAACACAUGAUGGUUUUUUGGAGAGCUUGUUUAAGUUCCAACUUCCAAUGCGGCUGCUAUCAUCCGAACCUCAAGUUAACUCUACAUGUGAGUCCCAAAGCUGCAGCUGGAAGCCUUACUCUCAUCCCAAUGACUUUGCUGCCAACGCCUCUAUCCUUCUCAUCAUCAUUUUCUCAUCUCUCAUCUGCGUCCUCUCUCUCCAGGCUGCCUUACGUUGUUGCCUCCGUCCAGUCCUCCAGGAAGACCCUAAACCCGACCCUGACCCUGAGAUCUCUCGUUCAGAAGCUUUCCCGGUACUUUUCUACUCCCCUGGACUGAACCUGGCAGGCACUGAGUGCAUCAUUUGCUUGUCUGAAUUCGAGGAAGGUGACAGCAUCCGCGUGUUGGAUAGAUGCAAACAUGGAUUCCAUGUUCACUGCAUCCAGCAGUGGUUCUCCUCCAACUCUUCCUGUCCCACUUGCCGUACAGACAUCUCUUCCUCACCAACAGGAACUACUUAGUCAGAUGACGUCAUGGUUUUGCCAACUUUUAAUUUCCUUUUUAUUUUAUUUCAACCUCGUACCUCUAUCAUGUUUUCCCAAACUAGUUUAUUUGUUACCUUUUGUUGUUUUAUAUUCCAUGAAAUCAUAAACAGUCACAAAUGGAGUAGUGAUAUUAAGUCACCUUUGUGAA